AAACCAGCUGUCAAAAACAGAGAAGCAAAAUUGAAGAUGAAUGAUAAUAAUAACAACAAAAACUAGGUUUUAGUUCGCAGUUUAGUUAUGGUUAUUGUUUGUGUAUAUUGCAUUGCUGAAACCCUAAACAAGAAUGUGCUGUUAGUCUCAAAUAUUGUUUAAAAAUUGCAUGUUCAGUUGACAGUGAUGAACAAUAUUUACUUGCAGACAGUCAUCGUCUUGGGAUUAACAUGCGGACUUACUACUCCAAAGAAGCAACUAAAAAGAAACACAAUUCUAUAAAUGAUAAUUUUUACUUGAGGAAGGGAAACUAACACACAACAAGCAAAUAUUAGCAAAGCCUUCAUUCGCUAACUGAAUCUGCAUCAUCGAAAAACGGAAUCAGACAAAAACAACUGCAAUUAGUGAACCAACUGUGAGAACACAAGACUUUCAAAAUGCCUUCAGUAGUCUCGAAAUUCCUAGAUAAAAGCGAAAAGGCUUUUUCCAAGAACCAAUCGCUCUUAUCAACAGCAGUAAUAGGGACGGCUCUGGCAGCGUAUGCCUACAAAAUAGGAUAUCCUUUAGUCGAGAGCUUAAUAUUUAAGCCAAACAGGGAAAGCGAUUCUUUAAACAAUAAUCUAGUCAAGCCUAAUGGUAUUAAAAGUGCAGCAAACGGGGAAGUGAAAAGUGCAACGAAGAAACCCAAUGGAGUAGUGCAAACACAUGGAGAUCCGAAGACUAACUCGGCUAUUUCUAAGCGGAACCGACUGAUGACUGGUAUACCAAAUUUUAAUUUGGCUUUUAUACUGCAGUUCAUCAAGUUGGUGAGAAUUAUGAUACCGAGCAUUCUGUGUGCAGAAACGGCACUUUUAAGUGGCCAUACGAUAUUUUUGUUCUUGCGAACUUUCCUGAGUAUAUAUGUAGCCAAUCUGGAAGGCGCUAUAGUCAAAUUCAUAGUGAGAAAGGACCCCAACAACUUUGUAAAACAAUUAAUGAAGUGGUUUGCUGUAGCCGUGCCGGCUACAUUUAUAAAUAGUAUGAUUAGAUAUUUAGAGAGUCGAAUAGCCUUAAGGUUUCGUACAAGAUUGGUGGAACAUUCUUACAAACUUUAUUUUAAAAAUCAAAGUUACUAUAGAGUAACGGUGCUCGAUGGCCGAUUAGACAACUGUGCUCAGAGACUUACAGAUGAUAUAGAAACAGUCGCAAGCACGGUUUCUCAUCUAUAUGGACAAAUUACGAAGCCAUGUUUCGACAUACUACUUAUGGCCAUAGCAUUAGCAAAUUUAGUCAAGUCUAGAAAUUCGAAUCUGCUAAUUGGACCGGUUAUAAUUAGUGGGGUAGUUGUGGUGUCAGCCUUAGUUUUGAGACUAGUCUCUCCCCGAUUUGGUCAGCUUGUAGCUCAAGAAGCCGAAAAGAAAGGAUACUUGCGGCAUGUACAUGGACGCAUUGUAUCCAAUGCAGAAGAAAUUGCCUUCUACAAUGGUCACAAGGUGGAACAGAGCCAUUUGCGUAGCGCUUUUAGGAUUCUUACCCAACAUUUAGAGCACAUGUUUGCAGUCAAAUUGUGGUUUGUUAUGUUGGAGCAGUUUUUGAUGAAAUACGUUUGGUCUGGAACUGGUAUGAUUGUAGUUUCUCUACCUGUUUUCCUUCCCCAAGUCAUUAGGCAGGUUCGACCAAAAAAAACAAUUUCUUUCACAUCGCCUAAACAAAUUACUGCUAGUCAAGCCGAGCCAUCAACUUCGCAGAAUAGUGAAAUCUCUGAACCUGAAGACUCAGUUUCAGAAAGAACUCACUACUUUACUACUGCAAAGAAUUUACUUCUGACCGGAUCUAACGCUGUCGAAAGACUUAUGAGCAGCUAUAAAGACAUCGUUGAAUUAGCCGGACAUACAGCUCGCGUUGCGAAUAUGUUUUCCGUUUUGGAGGAAGCCAGCAAUGGCAUUUAUCACAAAACAGUAGUCGCAAAGAAAGAAACAAUUGGAGACUUUGAGGUUGAAUUUAACGGCGACCAACCUGUGGCUAAAGGUAAAGUUUUUGCCGCAACUCACAACGAGAUUAUUUUGAAGAAUGUACCAAUAGUAACUCCCAACUGUGAUGUCGUAUGUCCCUCUUUGAGUGUGAAUCUCAAAUCCGGUCAACAUUUACUUAUAACAGGACCAAAUGGCUGUGGUAAAUCCAGUUUGUUCCGAAUUUUAAGCGGUUUGUGGCCUGUUUACGGUGGUGAACUAACCACCCCUAGAAACUCAAUGUUUUAUAUUCCUCAAAGGCCUUACAUGGUUAUAGGCAAUUUGCGGGAUCAAAUAAUUUACCCAGACACAUACGCCGAUAUGAUUAACAAACAAAUAACUGAAACGGACUUGAGGAAAAUCAUGCAGAUGGUACAUCUGGAACAUAUUCUUGAAAGAGAUACGUUCCACGAAAUUAAAGACUGGACUGAUAUAUUGUCGGGAGGGGAGAAGCAAAGAAUGGCGGUGGCCAGGCUGUUCUAUCACAAGCCUAAAUACGCACUCUUAGAUGAAUGCACAUCAGCAGUUUCCAUCGAUGUGGAAAGUAACAUAUAUCAAACAGCAAUAGAUAUGGGAAUUACUCUGCUCACCAUAACCCACAGACCAACGUUAUGGAAAUUUCAUACUCAUAUUCUUCAAUUCGACGGUCAAGGCUAUUGGGAAUUCUCUGAAUUAAACUGUACAAGUCGCAUGGAUUUGAAAAAAGAAAAAGAUGAACUGCUACUGAAACCAAACAGUGACGAAAAGACUCAGAGGCUUAAAGAAAUCAAUAAAGAGUUAGGCGAAGACGACGUCUAGAAGACCUAUGGGCACAUUGCAAAAAGGCAAUUUUCUUUGUUGUGGUGAUAUGUAGAUAGUUAAAAUAAUUAGUGCAAAAGUUUCCAAAGGAGGAUAAGAACCUGGGUGGAUAACUUAUCGAAUAUCCGAAUGCAUUAACAGUUGAGCAUAACGACAUGCAAGUAAGUACUUACCAGUAGCGUACCCAGUUCUUAUGCUGGUAUUCUGGAACUACUCAAUUGACUUGCCAUGGUGUGAACUGUGUAUGUAUUCUAUUUAUGAUUUUUUACUUAACUAGCCUAUAGUUUUCCUACGUGAUGAUCAAGCAUCACUAUGUUUUUGUGAUUUCGUAUACAUAAAAUUCUAAUAUAUUUUGUGCCCAGUGCAAUUAAUGUUUAGUUAACGUAAGAACGAACAAAUGAGAUGAAAAAAUAAAUAUUUGUUUUACUAUGCCUUA